GGCGGCGGCACCGGGGCAGCAAGAUGCCGCGCUCCUUCCUGGUGAAGAAGCACUUCUCGGCCAGCAAGAAGCCCAACUACAGCGAGCUGGAGAGCCAGGCCGUGCUGGCCGCCCCGCUGCUGUACGAGACGUGCCCGCUGCCCGUCAUCCCCCCGCCCGAGGUGCUCGGCCCCGGCGCCUACUACCCGCCUCUGGUGUGGGACGCGGGGCUGCUCUCCAGCCUCUUCCCGGGCGGCCCGGGCAGCGAGGCGGCGGGCGGCGCGGCCCCCGCCCUGGACCUGACGGCACUCUCCAGCGAGGAGGACGAAGGCAAGAGCUCGGGGCCCCCCAGCCCGGCCUCGGCCCCCGCCGCCGCCGAGCGCUUCCGCUGCUCCCAGUGUGCCAAGGCUUACUCCACCUUCGCCGGGCUCUCCAAGCACAAGCAAUUGCACUGCGACGCCCAGGCCAGGAAAUCCUUCAGCUGCAAGUACUGCGAGAAGGAGUACGUGAGCCUGGGGGCUCUCAAGAUGCACAUCCGGAGCCACACGCUGCCCUGUGUCUGCAAGAUGUGCGGCAAGGCCUUCUCCCGGCCCUGGCUGCUGCAGGGCCACAUCCGGACGCACACCGGUGAAAAGCCCUUUUCCUGUACACACUGCAACCGGGCCUUUGCUGACCGGUCUAAUCUCCGAGCCCACCUGCAGACCCAUUCAGAUGUAAAGAAGUACCAAUGCAAAACCUGCUCCCGGACUUUCUCCCGUAUGUCGCUGCUCCACAAGCACGAGGAGACUGGCUGCUCCGGCUCUCGCUGAGGACUCCGCUCCCCCAGGCCUCUCACCACGCAAAUACCUAUAUUAUAACUAGUUUCUGUAGGAGUUAGUUUUCUCCGUCGCUGUCACAGCGUGCACCGGGCCGGCUGCAGCUACUCCGGCCCUCGCCACCCUCACACUCCUCGCUAUGUGCCUCCUGUGCAAUGCAAAGGCCUGAUCCUUCUCCCAUUCCGGCGUCUGAGGGUGCAGGAUUGGACUCCGGUGAAAAGCGUGGGUGGCAAAGCGAGUGCGUGAAACUCGGGGGGGGUGCAGCCCUGAGCCUGACCCGCUGCUGCCGCAGCCCCUCAGCAGGUGCCCCUGCUUGCCGGAGGCACUCGGCACCUUGCAGGGUUGGACCUGCACCCUGGCCCCACCACCGGUAUCAAACAUUGCCACAAUGUAGCUUGGGGGGGGUGGAGGUUUUUUGUUGGUUUUUUUGGUUUGUUUUGUUUUUUUUUUUUACCAUAACCACUUGGUAACUUUUAAGAACCAAUAUUUUUUUUUUAAUGAAGGACAAAAUGUUAACCACCCUGCCCCCUGCUCCGAGUGUAUAUAUGCCGCCUGUAGAAGGUGUAACUAUGCAAUAAUACAGUAUCCCAGUAGUUGUGAAGCAGCUGCUUCUCCCCAGCACAAUGACAAUUUGCAAUGCCUGCGAGAUUAACAGUGUCCAUAAAAGGCAUGGGUAGCCAUUUCAAACACCAACCCUGUUUACAGAGCAGCUAUGCACUCAAGCACCUGUUAAUAUGACUCUUAACAACUGCUUUUCAAGAGAACUGUGACUAAUAGCAGGCACUUGUCAGCCGAUACAAUGGUGGCCUGUCCCAAGGCUGCCCAUUGACAGGUGUGUGCCAAAAGCCCUAUUUAUGGGUAUUGACAGGUGCCUCCUGAAUGCAUCUUUCUUUGGACAUUGUUUUCAUGGAAUCAUUACAAAGAGGAUGUUUACAUUUCAAAGGUACACUGGUAUUUAUAUUUUUGUGCCACAAUUUUGUACUGAUGAAACUUUUUAUAUAAUUAUAUACAGUUUAUUGAUAUUCAAUAAAAUCGUUAAUUUAUAA